AUGCGAAAGACUUUACGAAAGUGGCUCAAAUCUGGACCGAAAUUAGGAAUCGAUCACAUCCAGUUAGUUGGUCUCUCCGUUGUGGCCUCUGGCGACGUCCACUGGACCAGGAGGGUGACUUGGUUCUUAUUUUUGUGUUGUGGUGUCGGCCUGGCCAUCUUCUACAUCGGCAUCCAAGUUUCGCUGUUCAGUGCUGGAUACAUCGGCGUGACGGUACACGCGUCCAGUAACACUACCACUCACUUGCCUGCUAUCACCGUAUGCGCUGAACAGAAGUACGACUUCAAUAACCUGCACCGACUGUGGCUGCAGUACAGGCCAGGGAGCGCGAUGCCUGAGGACGCCGAAAUGCAGCUACUCGACGUAGCCAAUUUGUCUCUCAGCGACAUUUGGACGAGGGGCGGCUACGAGAAGAAGGAGCUUGUUCGAAGAUGUCUGCUGGGACCAGGCACGACGUGUGAAGACUUGGGCUCGUGGUCAUCAGUGUUCACCGAGUACGGCCUGUGCUUUACUUAUACAGGUGGCAUGACGCGACUAGACGGUCCUCUCUACGGGCUUUACUUGCAACUUAACUACUCCCGUCACCCGUUCGGACAAAUCUUCAAAGGAUAUAAGAUUGCCAUCCAUGACAUCCGCUCUCCGGCCGCAUUCCGCAUCAACGACGGCUUCAAGUGUCCCGUCAGAAACGAAAAAUUCGGAUGCUACCUUCUACGCUCCGUCGCCAUGCAGACCAUCAGUCAACUGAACAGAAGGAACGCACCGUGCACCAGCGUCCUCGGGUACGACAUGCAAGCCUGCCUCAGCUCGUGCGUGUACAGCGAGGUCGCUCGGAGAGCUGGGUGCAGAUUGCCUUACAUGGACGUGUCGUGGCCUGAGUGCAGAGGCCGCAAGCAGGUGGAAAAUGCGCUAAACGUGGCCAAGGAGCAAAUUUUCAGCGGCAAAUUCAACAUGAGUCUCUGUAACUGCCCCAAGCCCUGCACCUAUGUCAUGUACACCGAACAUGGCGACACUACAUGGAAUUAUGUCCGGACUUCCACGGUCAAGGUCUACCUCACAAGCAUCGAGAAACAUUCGCUGGUGGAGACGUACACGUACGUAGGAGCAGACCUGGGCGGCGACAUCGGUGGCAUCAUCGGCCUCAUGCUGGGAGCGUCCGUACUCACUGCAGUGCAAGUCCUGGAAGUCAUUACCAGCCGCUCCUCCAAAUUCCUGGCAGCUCGAAUGAAAACUGGGACUCGAUGA